AUGAAAUCCCUAUUCAUUCUCGUCGUUUUCAUUUGUUUCUUAGCCGUUUCAUUCUCGGCUGAUCGCGAAUUUUGUGUUGCUUGUGAGCCGUUCAUCAACGAUGUUGUUGAAUACAAGAAUGAGAAUCCCGAUAAAUUCGUCGAUAAAACACGUAAAGCUUGCACGAAGCGCUUCAACAUGGUCUAUCCGACAUUCUGCAAAACACUUGUCACACCACAAAUCGAUGAUAUUAGGGAUAAACUCCAAAAGAAUCUCCCGGUUAAACAAAUCUGUCGCGGAUUGAGAAUGUGU